GGCGAGCGAGAAAGAGACAGGGUGCAGAGUAGUGUUGGAUUUGCCAUUUGAUUUGCAGGGUGGUGAUUUGUACGCUUGGUUGGCAGGAGUUUGGUCUUGGCAGUGUGCUGUGGGACGUCAGUGAGGUGGCACCGUAGCAGAUACUGUGAACUAAGGAGGCUGCAGUGAGGAACUUGCUGUCCCUGGCUGCUAUGGUGUUAGUACCGCCGUGCAUGGAGGAAGAGCUGCAGUACUUCAGGGUAGUGGUAGUGGUGUACCUUAAGCGCGUUGGGUCGGUGUGCGGUUGGGCCUAUAGGGUGUGAGGGUCCUGUGGUACUGGUUAGGGUGGGACAGUGUCAGUGGCAUAUAACAUUUCUUGUGUUGGUGCGUGAAGUGUUUAUUUCUCCUGUUUAUUUGUAUGUGGAUUUACCCAUUUUCUCAUGGGAUCAGGUAUUUUGGAGUGCCAGCAGUGUGGCCUCCAAGAGUUUUAAGCACUCAUAUCAUAUUUUAUUUGUGUUUUCUUUAUUAUGUACUCAACCAUUAAAUUUUUAAAUUGUGGCCUGGGUUUCUGUGAACCUAAGCAGGAGGUUUUAAAUUAAUCAGUGGGUUCUUGUGGUGAGUGCUUGGUGAGCCUAAUUAAGGUAGGUUAACUGUGCCCUAGUUUUGCACUCAUUACAAUUGGUAGCAGAGCGUAGUUUUAUGCCCUUUUGGGGAAAUUGUUUCAAACUCCUGCUUGGGUCCAGUGCUUUUGGCAGAAUCCACUUAAGUGUUAGUGUGGCACUACUCCUGCACAAUGGAGGAUUUGUUGUGUUUGGGUGAUGUUGAUGGCCAAGGUGUAGCUGGGGUUAAAGUGGAGUGUAAGGAGGAGAGCAGAAAGGUGGAAGUGACCCCAGAGGUAGUUAAUAACUUAAUCAGUACCAAUGCUCAGUUAUCCCAAGCAGUGGCAUAACUGUGUAAUAAGUUUGACCAAAUGGGGCACAUGCAAAACAUGGUGUGGUCACGUCCUGUCCCCACUAUUGGAAAAUUCUCUGGAAGGGUACGGAAGGCCAGUGAGUUGGAUGACUGGGUAGAGGAUGCCACAGAGAAAAUAAAGCAGCUGGGAUUACAGGGCUCUGAGGGAGUGUCAUACCUGUGUGGGUUCUUGGAAGGCCCAGCCCGUCGAAGGGUCCGCAACAGUACUGUGAAGACUGUGUCUGACCUUUUUGAUUGUUUGAGGUCUGCUUUUGGACCAGAACUGAAUUAUGCAGACUUAGAAAAACAGCUGCAUGCUCGGGUUCAACAGCCGGGUGAAGGAGUGUGGGAAUUUGCUGAUUCUCUGGGUGUUAUUGUGGAUAAAAUGUACAAAGUGAGAGACAAGGGAGAUAAAGAACGGCAAUGGCUGCUAACUACAUGGUUCUGUAGGAAUUUGAGAGACAGAAAAGUAGGAGUGAAGUUGGGAAAAUGGUGGGAAAAGCACCAGCCUGUGAAGUGGGAGGACAUGGUUCAGCGAGCAGCAGACCAAGUGAGUGAGGCUGAGCGGAUUGUGAAGGAGGAAGCAGAGUUAGUGAGUGGGAAAAAGCCAGAGAGAGUUGUGAGGAGUACCCUUUCUUCACCAUCUUGCUCCUUGUGUGGACAACAUGGACACUUGGGAUAUCAGUGUGAACGGUUCAAGGAGUUGGUGUCCAAGACAGCGGGAAAACGGGAGUCCUUGAGAACAAGGGGCCAGCUCUCAAGGCCUGACGACAGGGUCCCCACUACAGCUCAGAUAAGGAGUGUGACUAAUGUGACCGAGGAACGGAAUGAUGUAAAAAGAGGGAAAGUUAAGUUGUUUGGAAAGACUCUGAGGAUAGAUGCGUUGGUGAAUGGUAUACCUGUAAGUGCUCUGGCUGAUUCUAGUGCUGAGGUCAGUCUGGUGACAGAGGAAUGGUACAAACAGCACCUCCUCCCCAAGCAAGCUGUGAUCUAUGGGAUGGACAUUCGGAUUACAGAUGCAAAUGGGAGGGAAAUUCCCUGUUUGGGUUAUGUGAAGGUGAAUGUGGAAAUUGAGGGAAAAAGUGUUAAAGACUGUGGACUUUUUGUGAAAGGUGGUGGUGGGGAGAGUGGUGUGGUGCAGGGCACUACAUUGCCAGUGCUGUUUGGGAUGAAUGUGUUGAAGGGAGCCGUGCACCUGGGGCUAACUGAGAAGUGGGGCAGGUGUGUCCGUGCCAUUGAGGCAAAAUUGAGGGUGACACAACAGCCUCUGGGGUUUGCUGUAAUUCAGCAGCAACAGGAUUUAGUAAUCCCGGCUGGUACCAGAAGAAUAAUGAGAGUGUUUGUGGAAAGUUUACAGGAAGUAGAUGUAGAUAGUGUGGUGUUGGAGCCCUUAGUGCCUGGUGAGGGCUACUGGGUGCCUGAAGGUUUGUGUAUAUUUCCCAGUUAUACCAGAGUGGUUAAGGGUGAAGGAUGGCUGUCAGUGGGUAACCUGGGACAAGCAGAUGUGCAAUUCAGGCCACAGUGGAAGGUAGCCAAAGUUUCUCAUGGAAGGGAGGUUACUGUGGGAAGAGCUCACACACACACAGUAGCUCAGACUGCACCUCCUUCAGUGGUUAAGGAGUUCAGGGACAGACUAGGGGUGCAGGUGGAUGAGAGUCAGCUUGAUUCAGCACAGUUGGAGAGACUGGAUGGAUUGAUCCAUGAGUACGGAGAUGUGUUUGCUGAAAACGAGCAGGAUUUGGGAUGUGCUACUGGAGUGGAGCAUGAAAUUCACCUCAAUAGUGCAGUGCCCAUUCGCCUUCCAUACAGACAUAUUCCUCCCCCAUGUAUCACUGAGGUUAAAGCUCAUGUAAAGGGACUGUUGGAACAGGGAGUAAUAGAGGAGAGUGUGAGCCCAUAUGCAGCCCCAAUAGUGAUGGUGAGGAAGAAAGAUGGUUCGCUGCGACUUUGUGUUGAUUAUCGAAGGCUGAAUGAGGUGACAGUGAAAGAUGCCUUCCCAUUACCAAGGGUACAAGACACACUAGAUGCAUUAGCCGGGGCACAGUAUUUUUCUUCUUUUGAUUUAGCUGCAGGUUAUCAUCAGAUUCUUGUGCGGGCAGAAGACCGGCCCAAGACUGCUUUUGUAACACCAUUUGGCCAUUAUCAAUAUGUGCGCUGUCCUAUGGGGUUAUCCAAUAGCCCAGCAACAUUCCAAAGGUUUAUGGAGUAUGUGUUUAGCGAUCAGGUUUUUGUGACUCUUUUGGUGUAUCUGGAUGAUUUGUUGGUGUUUGCUCGGAGUGUGGAUGAGCAUCUGGAUAGACUGGAGGGAAUGUUGAAGCUUUUGAGGAAACAUGGGCUGAAGUUGAAACCUUCCAAAUGCCACAUACUAAAGCCCCAGGUUAGGUACCUUUGAUUUAUCAUUUCUAAGGAGGGAAUUAAUACAGACCCAGAGAAAAUACGGGCUGUACAGGAGUGGCCAGUUCCGCACACUGUUAGGUAGGUCAGGGCAUUUGUCGCAUUCUGCUCCUUUUACAGAAGGUUUGUGAAAAAU